CCUUUUAGCUGUAUGAAAGCAACAGUGCAUUAAAAAAUGCUCUAACAGAUUGGAGCAAUUUCAUUUUGCCCUUUUAGGUCUCAUGAAGUCCAUAGUCAACAUUGUAGCACAUAACUGUCUUUUUUUAAUUUAUUUAUAACUGUUGAGUAAGAGAGAUCUUCCAGAUUCAAUGUGUUCUCUUUACUCUGUUGCAGAGACUGAAUUGGACGUUGGAACAGCCAAUCACAUGUGGUUUUGAAAUGUACAAAAUGAAGAAGACCUAUUUAAAGAUAUUUAUUUUGCUUACAACCUUUACAUUCAUAGUCAUUAGCUUUUUCUUUCAUUUUCAAUAUAUGGAACAACCAUUUUUUGGUACUAUUGAAAACAUAGCUGUUCAGCGUCAUCGUAAACAUGUAGUAAAAUAUGUUUGCCAACAAAACAAUAUGACUAACUCAUCAAAAACGUACACACUUCCAUUAGACAUUGCAAAGCGGCUAUUUGUGGAGCAUAAUUAUAAAUUGAUAUAUUGUGAGGUGCCCAAGGUGGGCUGUUCUAACUGGAAGAGGAUAAUUCUUCUGUUAAACGUAAAUGCUACAGCUACUGCAGAUGACUUAAAACAUGAUGCUGUACACACCACCCUAUUAUUGAAAAGACUUAGUGACUACAGUUCUGCUGAACAAAGACAAUUUUUUAACAAUUACACCAAGGUGAUGUUCACUCGGGAUCCUAUGAACAGGCUAGUUUCAGCUUAUAGAGACAAAUUACAUCAUGACGAGCCUUACUACGGUAAAAAACUUGUACAUACCAUCAAGGGGAUGUUCCGUGAAGAUAUCAAUUCUACAGAAAAGGUUACAUUUGAAGAGUUUGUUCAGUUUAUUCUUCAAGAAAAAACUAAAUAUAGAGAUAUCCACUGGAAGCCCAUGUAUCAGCUUUGCGAUCCAUGCAACAUUCAUUAUGACAUUAUUGGGAAAUAUGAAACCAUGAAUCAAGAUGCAGAAUAUGUUCUAAAAACCAUUAGAGCUCCAAAACAUCUGAAAUAUCCCAGUAUUAAACAUUAUCCCGAUGAAUCCAGGACAAAUGAAAAAAUGACUGCUGACCACUUCAAAAAUCUUUCUUCAGUUAUUCUAAAAGGUCUUCUAUAUCUUUAUAGGCAUGAUUUUUCCAUGUUUGAGUAUAGUCCAAUAGAAAUGACCAAUUUCACUAACUUAAAAUGAUUUGCACAAAUUCGCAAUAUAUGAACCCCAUUGCAGUUUUCAGUAUUUAUGUGUAAGUAUGUAAAGAUCAUAGAAUUUUUAAGAGAUAUUUAUUAUGAUGACACAUUAAAAUUUUUAGUAAAUUAUAUGUUAAUAA